CCCAGCAGCUGCCGCUGGAAAACUCGUUUUAACGAAAAAGACCGAAGAAAGACACAGUACAUGUGCAAAUUAAACGAAAACUAUCUUCUUCUUCCUCUUCUUUCGAUCUGGUUCACACAAUAACAGGGAAAAGGGAGAGACCAGUAGAGAAGACCACCUGAUUCAACUACUCCUCCCUCCUAACUUCACCGAACUCACUCCUCUAUCCAUGGCUUUUCUUUUUCUGCUAUUUUCUUCUUUAUUCCUCAUUUAGCUCAAUUCAGUCUCUUCCUGUUCCACCUUAAAAAAUAAAAAAGCAUCAUAAAGAAAAAGAUUUAUAAUUUUGACUACCCUUUCUCACUAGUUAAUUAAAUGGCAGAUGUUGCUCGAUUAAUAUCUUCUCACUCUCUUCGUUUCUCUUCUUCUCUCAUCACCGUCAACGUUAAUUCCCUCCCUCCUAAUAACUAUUACUAUUCAGAUAAGAAGAUUUACCCUUUAAUUUACUCUUCCUCUUCCUCUGCUGCUAGUGUUCCUCGUUUCUCUUCUAUGCCCAGAAAGCAAUUGCUUUCUUUUAAGGUACAUGCAACUGUUGCAGAAACUGACCAGCCAAAAUGGUGGGAAAGAAAUGCAGGGCCAAAUAUGAUUGACAUUCAUUCUACACAGGAAUUUCUGAGUGCCUUGAGUCAAGCUGGAGAUAGAUUAGUUAUUGUUGAAUUUUAUGGAACUUGGUGUGCAUCUUGUCGAGCAUUAUUUCCCAAGCUCUGCAGGACAGCUGAAGAACAUCCAGAGAUUUUAUUCCUGAAAGUAAAUUUUGACGAGAACAAGCCUAUGUGCAAAAGUUUGAAUGUUAAAGUGCUGCCUUACUUCCACUUCUAUCGGGGUGCUCAUGGACAAUUAGAAUCCUUUUCAUGUUCACUUGCUAAGUUUCAAAAAAUAAAAGACGCCAUUGCAUUGCACAGCACGACCCAGAGCAGCAGUGGACCACCAAAGGGAAUAGGAGAACUUACUCUUGAAUCUGUUUCUGCUCCAACAGAGAAGCCAGCAGGAUCAAUAUGAACAUAGGAUUGUUUAGUUGAAGCAUUUGUCUAUAUGGCACGCUUUUUGUGGUAAAUGUUACCUGCCUAAUUAACCUCUGUUAUGAUGUAUACACUGUUAUUCUGUAUAUUUUUAUUUUUCUUUGUGAAAGAGUGAGCAAAAGUUAUCCUGCAUUCUUUGUCAUUCUUGUUCUGCCUGUGAUGCUUGUAACUUGAAACUCGUCAAGAAAGGAAAUGAAAAAUCAGAUCCCAUAUGUUAUUGUA